UUUCCCACAUUCUAAUUAGGUCACAUCCGCUUCUCCGCUUCUCUCUCUUCUCUGUAAGCAUCCCUUCUUCAUCAAAGGACUUGCGAUAAAUCUAAGAAUUCUCUGUAAAUCUAAGCAUCCAUCGCUGAAAGCCUUUAGUUGGCAGCAAAUACUCGGCGAUAUGUCAUUUCGACACGACAUUAGCAGUUGCGACCGACCAAAUACUCGGCGUCGUCGCCGGCGACAAAAGGAUAAACAACCAUCACUUCGACUACUACUAUAUUCUCCAAAUCUAAUACAAGCUUGGGAUUUCGGUAAGUCAAUCUCUCUUUCUCUCUCUCCUUUCCCUUUUCCCCAUUUUCGGGUUCCUUCACUGUCACCUAAAGCUUGAGUCUGCUUCACUCCAUUUUUUCAAGAAUUUGUUGGUCAAGAAUUGUAUUUGUUAACUCCUUAGAUAGCCUAUAUGUAUACUAGGUGUUCGAUUAAUUUAUUGAAAGAAAUUGAUUUUUAUUGAACUUCUGUAAAACAACGAUGUCAAUCAUUGUCACCAAAUAGUUGAAUAAUGAGAAGAUUAAGUGGUUUCAUUAAUUAUUCUGUUUCAAGAAAAAGAGUUUUCUUCAAUCUUGUCGAUUUUAACUGAAUCUUAUACUAUCUUACAGAGAACUAGAAUAAUCGGUAAUGUCCCUCUUUUCACCAUUCAUGUAAGGGAAGAAUGUGGAGAAUUCAUUUCAUUCACUUAAUUUCUUUUUCUAUUGACCUUCUUUAAUAACACAGAAAUUUCUUCAAUAUUACCAGGACUGAAGAAUUUAUGACAAACAUAUAAUUAUAUUGCUAGGUCCAAACUACAUCCAUAUACCCAUUUUCCCACUACGUACAUUAUAUAAACACCUACAUAGUGAUGUUUCAAUUACUUCUUGCAAUCUUCACAAAAAAACUAAGCUGAUUUUCAAAAUUUAUUCUACCUUUUUCAGUUCAAUUGUGUAUCAGACAACAAAGAAUAUACUUAGGCUGGUAUUAUCUUCGUCAAAACUCUGUACAUCAAUUGGUAUUUUAGCACUUUACAAAUUUAUUUUUAGUUUUAUCUCUUUCACAAGAAAAUUUUAUUUUUACACAUAAGAAAUACGAAAAUAAAAUACAAGAGAUCUUUGCAUAAUCAUUUUCUUUUAUUCAAAUUAUAAAGGGCUAUGUUGACCAAUUUACCUCAUUGUGGUAUGUUCGGCUUUCCAGGAAUACAACAAUAUUCCGAAUUGGUCAUUUGGUUUUGUAGCUCGAUCAAUUUACAAAUUUAUUUGGAACAGUAUAUCUUUUUGUACAACAUGUUGUUUAUUUGUAUACAUAAGAGAUAUGAAAAUAAUAUAAAAGAUCUUUGUAGGAAGCAAAAUUUUUCUUCUUUAAAUGGCUAUGUUCACCCAUUUCCUUUUAAUAAAACAAAUAUAAUUAAGUCACAAUAUGCAUAAAGACAUAUGAAGACAAAUAAUGACGCGAUAGACAAACAUUCUCUCAACAUGUAAUGUAAAUUAUGAUCAGUAAGGAUUUGUAUAGCUGAUUGCAAUAUGUUUGGAAUACUUCCAUGUAAACAAUAAGCCAUCCUUUUUCGAAUACUUAUGAUUUGAUAUGUCAUUGAGUACUAUAUGUAAUAUGAGCCUAUAAGUAUUGAUUGAAGUAUCGUGGGAAAAUUAUAUACCUUCUCAAGUAUAUAUAUUCUUUUAAUUAAAAUCAGGAUGUAUGUAUACUAUUUUCAGAAUGAAAUGAUUAUAACUAGGCAAGGAUGAAACUUAAAUAAAUUGUGAAAAGAUAUUACAUCUUUACCAAUUCCUUUAAUUACUUAUAUUUUUUUUAAGAACCAUGAUAUUGAUGCAUGAUAAGUAUGUUAGAGUCUUGAUAGUCUUGAUUUGACUUGGUAUUUCUAAAAUUGAUUUCAAGUACAUGUUGAGAGCACUUCUAGUAAAAGGCAUUGUUCAUUCACAAAAAUUUGAUUUACAACCAUAACUUUUCUUAACUUAAUUUAAAAAAAAAAAAAGAAAUGUUGGUUAUCUAAGGUGUAUAUUCAAGUUUAAUUGUAAACUAAUUUGAAUAAAAUAAAUUAUUCAUUUCUUUAUUUACUUAUUUUAUCUUAUUAUUGUGUAAUAGAUGGAACAAGAUUGUAGAUGGAUGUACGAUAGAAAUCAUCCUAAUCGUGGGGGAUUGAAGAAAGAAUUUGUAGAAGGUGUUAAAGGAUUUAUUGCUUAUGCAAAAACACUUCCCGAAUUCCUAUGUGUGGACGGUUUAGGAUGUUAAAGUUCUUCUUUAUAGAAAGGGGUUUAGAGAAAAUUACUAUGUGUGGGCGGUUCAUGGAGCGAACUAUAGUAAUUUAGUUGAUGUUGACUUACAGAAUCUUACUGGUUGUGAGAGUAGUACAUUCUUUGAAAAUAAUUAUGAAAAUUCUCAAAAGCAUGAAAUGGUGUCGAAUGCUUUUGGGAUACACCCAGGAGUUCAAUCCUAAUAAAAUAUUGAUGAGUCUCCCAAUGAUGAGGCAAAGCACUUUUAUGAAUUAUUAGAGGCGGCUACUCGCCCACUCUAUGAAGGCUCAAUACACUCGGAGUUGUCUGUUGCAGUUAGAUUACUAGCUAUCAAAACGAAUUGGAAUAUUUCUCAAGUUUCCAUGAAUGCUAUAAUUGGGCUUAUGGGUGAAGUUAGUCCGAACAUUAACUUACCUGGUGAUUACUAUAAGGCUAAGAAGUUAGUUUCUAAGUUAGGACUUUCCUCAACAAAAAUUGAUUGUUGUGAAAAAAGUUGUAUGUUAUAUCAUAAAGAUGAUGCGGCUCUAGAAGCGUGCAAAUUUUGUGGAUUGUCUCGUUUUAAGAAAGUCACAAAUGCCAAAGCGAAGAAAGUUCCAAUUAAGAGGAUGCAUUACUUACCUAUUAUACCUAGGUUAAAGAGGUUGUAUGCAUAAAUGAGUUCCGCUCCUCAUAUGAGAUGGCAUUACAAAAAUAGAAGGGCGCCUGGUGUUUUGUGUCAUCCUUCAGAUGGAGAAGCGGGGAAGCAUUUUGAUAGGAUGUAUCCUGACUUCGCUAAUAAACCAAGAAAUAUUAGGUUGGGUUUGUGUGCAGAUGGAUUCACUCCUUUUUCUGUCUCUGCUGCACCAUAUUCGUGUUGGCCUAUUUUUGUUACACCGUAUAAUCUUCCACCAGAGAUGUGUAUGACAAGUCCAUAUUUAUUUCUAACUAGCAUAGUUCCGGAUCCAAGUAAUCCAAAAAGUUUGAUUGAUGUAUAUUUGCAGUCUUUGAUUGAUGAGCUAAAGUUGUUGUGGCAUGAAGGUGUUGACACAUCCGACGUAUCAACUAAACAAAACUUUAAAUUGCGUGCCGCUUUGAUGUGGAGUAUUAAUGACUUUUCUGCUAAUGGAAUAUUAUCUGGAUGGUCGACUGCCGGAAGGUUAGCUUGUUCUUGCUGUAUAGAAGACACAAAAGCAUUCACUUUGAAACAUGGAGGUAAGAACACAUGGUUUGACUGUCACCGUCGAUUUUUGCCAAUGGAUCAUGGGUUCAGGAGAAAUAAUAGUGCAUUUAUGAAAAAUCGAAUUGAUUAUGAUGAGCCACCAACAAUCUUGUCGGGGGAGAAAAUUUGGGAGAGGGUUAAGAAUUUACCUAAGGUAACAGAGUCUCCAUUGCUUAAACUACCUGGUUAUGGUGUUGUGCAUAAUUGGACUAAACAGAGCAUAUUUUGGGAGUUACUUAUUGGAAGCAUAAUCUUCUUCGACAUAACUUGGAUGUCAUGCAUAUUGAAAAGAACUUCUUUGAUAAUUUAUUUCAUACUGUAAUGGAUGACAAGAACAGGACAAAAGAUUACUUGAAGGGCAGGAUGGACUUACAGGAAUAUUGUAAGCGAAGAGAAUUAGAACUACGUCCAGAAAAUAAUAGGAUUGUGAAGCCUAAAGCCAGUUAUUCAUUCAAAAUGGAUGACAAACGAAAGAUCUGUGAUUGGGUUUGAAAUUUGAGAAUGCCCGAUGGGUAUGCUUCAAACUUAUCCAAUUGUGUUAACAUGAAAGAAGGAAAGUCGAUGUAUAUGAAAAGCCAUGAUUGUCACAUUUUCAUAAAAUCAUUACUUCCUAUUGCAUUUAGCGCAUUGCCUGAGAGAAUAUGAAAACCCAUCACAGAGAUAAGCUUAUUUUUCAAAGUCCUAUGUUCUAAUACAUUGAGAGAGAAAAAUCUAGUUUUGAUGGAAGGUAACAUCCAUUUAAUCAUAAACAAAUUGGCAAAAAAUUUUCCAUGUGGGUUUUUCAAUGUAAUGGAACAUCUCCCAAUUCAUCUUGUAAGAGAGGUGCGACUUGGAGGGCCUGUUCAAUGUAGAUGGAUGUAUCCAUUUGAGAGGUAAUAACCAUUAAUUAUUUUGUCUUUAUGUGUUUUGAUUACACUUCUUCCCAUCUAAAAUUAUACUAUGUAGGACUAUUGGCAAAUGUAAACGGAUGGUGAAAUAAAAAUCCAAGAUUUAGAGAUCAAUAUGUGAAGCAUAUCUAGUUAAAGAAACUUCUCAUUUCUGUUCAUAUUAUUUUGAGCAUCACGUGCCAUGUUUGAGAAAUAGGACAAAUCGGCAUGACGAUGAAGGUGAUAAUGAUCCUUUGGCACCGCCUAUAUCCAUAUUCAAUCAACCCGGUAGAAGUUCUAAGAAGUAUCAAAAAAGAAAUUGGAUCGGAAUGGAGAAAAAGUCGGCUACAACACAUGUAUAGCUCAAUUGCCCCGAAGUUCAACAAUUUUACAAACAGUUAUUUUGUGAGUGUGUUUGGCCAUACAUCUUCCCAACACAUACCUGGAUUUAGGCCUGGCGUACCCUCAUUAUCAUCUUACACAGUCAUGUCAUCAUCAUCUUCUCCGGUUAUUCCUUCAUUAUCUUCCUCUGGCAUUCAAUCAUCAUUUUCCCAAUCAUUCAUUCAUCAUCUUCCUCUGGUAUGCCCUCGUCAUUUAGUCAGCCUGCUAGGUACUCUUACAUGCCUUCGUCUAAAUCCACUCCACUUUCGCAUGGCAUACCCUCAUAAUCUUACCCUGUCCUUCCAUCAUCAUCUUCUCCGGUCAUUCGUUCAUCAUCUUCUUCAGGCAUGCCCUCAUCAUUUAGUCAGCCUGCUAGGUACUCUUCCAUGCCUUCGUCUAAAUUCACUCCACUUUCGCAUGGCGUACCCUCAUCGUCUUACCCUGUCCUACCAUCAUCAUCUUCUCCGGUCAUUCGUUCAUCAUCUUCCUCUAGCAUUCGAUCAUCAUUUUCCCCAAUCAUUCACUCAUCAUCUUCCUCUAGCAUGCUUUCAUCAUUUAGUCAGCCUGCUAUCCACUCUUCCAUACCUUCGUCUCAAUUCACUCCGUCUUCAUCUCCCAGCAUUUCUAGGCCACAUAUUGGAGUCAAUAGUAAUUCGACAUCCCCAUACACUGGUAGUGAUACAGCUACACAGACUUCUACACGAAGGCAGGAUCCUCCAAAUGUUGGAAAAUAUGAUGAUCUUCGGAGGUUGAUUAUUGUGUCCGAUGGAGCGGGUUUUUAUCCUCCUCAAGCUACGAAAGCCGUGGUUGAAUCAAUGUGUUCGUUUUAUCACGCACCAUGGAGAUUCUGUUCAGAAGUUCCAACUCACGUUAGGGACAGAAUGUUUGCUGAAUUUAGGAUGAAGUGUGCAUGGUCACGCGAUUCUGAGGCUGAGGUACGAGCCGUUUUCUUUAAGAAUUGUUCUGAUAGGUUGUGUGAUAUGCUUCGAACUGCUCGAGAAAGUAAAAAGAGGCCAAAUUGGAUUCUUGAUGAUAUAUGGGUUAAACUUCUUGAGUAUUGGAACUCUCCGGAAUUUGAGAAAAAUAGCGCCUAGGGAAGGGCAGCCGUUUGUCCGACAAGGGUAGCUCGUUGCACACGGGCGGUUGAAUUAGUAUGGCGGCUCACAGAAGAAGAUUGGAAAAGGCUAAAGGAAGACUAGUUACUCAUGAUGAGAUAUUUGAGGAAACCCACAUGAAGAAGCUGAAAGAUGGAACAAAAACGACUUGGGUCGAGCCGCGCGCUGAGACAACCCAUUUAAGAUUAAUGAGCUUUAUUUUAAACUAGCUUAUUUGUUGGUAACACUCAGUUGUUAACACUCAGUUGUUAAUUCACAAGGCAUCCAGUGGAUUCUCUGUUAACAGGCCGAAUAUCUUGUUUGUUACAUUUAGCACCUAUUCAGAAUCUUAGGUAGCUGAUAAAACUAAAAAUUCAUCUGUGUCCUCUAUAAAAUCCAAUUUACACAAAAAAGCUAAUAAAUGCAUAUCUCAAAGGUG